CACCAAUCAGAAAAAGACGCCCGCGACUUACCUAAUGCAAAGAGAUCCGUGCAUGUAUGAUAGCGCGUCACUGCCAAAUCCUAAAGUCCCUGCCAGUGCCAGCCAUUUGUCUUCACCACCCGUCCGGCACCUUGACCCUUUCCCUAUCCGUCCCGCUUAGCUUCCUCGCCUCAUCCCCGGCUGUUGCGUCUGCCGCUGUUGUUAUUCUCCCAGCGUGUUGUAUGUCCUCUGCCAGUAACCUGAACCCCACAGUAGUUCCCACCCAAUUCCUGCACGGUAAGAAGUACCUUACGCAGUCUGUCCUGUCCUGUUACUGCUGGUGCAGAAGGGCCUUCGCGCAGCAGCCUCGACCUCCACUCCUCAACCUCGUUCGUCCCCUCUUACAUCCAUACAGCACAAGUCGACCGUGUCUACGCUCAGUCCAAUGCGCACCUUCAACCUCGCUCCUUCUUCGAAAUUCAUCCUGUCUUCAGACUGCCAGCGUUACCUUAUCUAGCCUUUGACGCCACCUCCCAAUUCCGCAUCCCACCGCACCGCACACGCACCAAACGAUCUGCCCACUCGCCGUCGCCCACCCCCCCGGCUGUCGAGGCCUGUUCCUGGCUGGCUGCCGCGCAUCACUGGACCGUCUCCAGCUGUCGAGGACCAGACAACUGCGUGCCCAUACCUCUUUUUACCUUAAUAUUUCACCGCUGCUAGCACGUUAGGGGACGGCCUCUGGUCCCGCGUCGUCGUCUCACACUCCCAUCUGGGCCCCGCAAACAACAUCAGCUUUCCCGACGAUCCAGAGCAACUCUCAUCCUCUUCGAACCUCGAGAAUCUGGCUUUCUCCUUUCGCCGCCCGAUCGCUCUACUCAUCCGCCAAUUUUGAUGGGCUAUCACUUUGUCGCAUUCCACUUGCCAAUCACCGUCUCUAGCUUCCCACUGCUCCUUGCAUCACGAAGCGACGCCGUCCUGACAACCCAACCCCAACCCUCACCGAGCGACACCCUCCUUUCAUCAUCACGUCGACGUCCAUCCGCCGACGCACUCCCUGCGGCCUUGACUGUGACCUCGCACCAUCCUCCACUGCGCAUCUGCAACCCGGCCACGACCUCGCAACUCGAGAACACAGCACCAUUGUUGGCCGACAUUACCCCCUGCCUGCACCCUUACUCAUACCCCGACUCGUCGGACCUGCGUUCAUUGCCGAUUGCUGUCUCUUGUCACAGCUGCUGAGCCGGGCGAAUCUGUCGCCCCACGGAGAGGAACAUCGCUGUGACGUCCAAAAUGAAGCGCUUCAGCCAGAGGGUGCAUGCUCAGCUCUCGCGCGGCAAAGACCCCAACAAACCUAAGAAGAACAAAGACUCCAAGGAUGGCACCGCAUCUCCGUCGUCCGUAGGCUCGGGACGCGACGCAAACCAGUCCCCCAAUCCGACGCCAUCGUCCUCGACGACCAACCUGGCCGAUUCCCGAAACAAGCCCCUGCCUCCUAAUAACGCCGGCGCUCAUCCCGGAGAUCACGGCACGGCGAACCAGCCGUCCCCGUUGAGCAAUCAGCAAGGUGCCGUUCCGGACCGCUACAGCUCUGCUGGUGCCGCCCAGGGUGCUAACGGUGGAGGUUCUCCAGCUCGCCACGGGACGUUGCCGCCCACGGUGAUCAUCAGCCCCAGUGCUCCGCACGUCCCACCCCCCGGUGCUGCCGAGACCAUGCCUCAUGAUCUGGCGCCUCCGAAGGCGGGCACCAAGUCGCUCAUGUUCGACCGCCUCCACCAGACACCGAAGGACGUGCCCGAGGGUCUCAGGACACCCAAGCGACAGCACUCGUCGAGGUUUGACAUCUCGGCCCACCGUGAGCUCGAGAAGCUCCCUGGCUUCCACGAAGUGCCCCCCAACCGCCGCCAGGAGCUGUUCAUGCAAAAGAUUGAUCAGUGCAAUGUCAUCUUUGACUUUAACGAUGCCAGCGGUGACAUGAAGUCCAAGGAAAUCAAGCGACUGGCCCUCCACGAGCUGCUCGACUACGUCGCCAACAACCGCCAAGUCAUCACAGAACCCAUGUAUCCAAGAGUCGUCGAGAUGUUCGCCAAGAAUCUAUUCCGUCCCAUCCCCCCUCCGAUGAAUCCCCAAGGCGAGGCGUUCGACCCUGAAGAGGAUGAGCCUGUCUUGGAGGUCGCGUGGCCACACAUUCAGGUCGUUUACGAGUUCUUCCUCCGCUUCAUUGAGAGCCAGGACUUCAACACCAACAUCGCCAAGGCCUACAUCGACCACAGCUUCGUUCUCCAGUUGCUAGAGCUGUUUGACUCCGAGGACCCGCGCGAGAGGGACUUCCUCAAGACGACACUGCACCGCAUCUACGGCAAAUUUCUCAACCUGAGAUCGUUCAUCCGUCGCUCUAUCAAUAACGUCUUCUUUCAGUUCACAUACGAGACGGAACGAUUCAACGGCAUUGCGGAGCUCCUGGAGAUUUUGGGAUCCAUCAUCAACGGUUUUGCCCUGCCCUUGAAGGAGGAGCACAAGACUUUUCUGACGCGCGUGUUGAUACCAUUGCACAAAGUCAAGAGUCUGAGCAUGUACCACCCUCAGUUGGCGUAUUGCAUUGUCCAGUUUUUGGAAAAGGAUGCGUCGCUGACGGAAGAGGUCGUACUUGGCUUGCUCCGAUACUGGCCCAAGGUCAACAGCACAAAAGAGGUUAUGUUCCUUAACGAGGUCGAAGACAUCUUCGAAGUCAUGGACCCGGCCGAGUUCGCCAAAGUUCAGGAACCGCUUUUCCACCAGCUUGCAAAGUCCGUCGCCAGCCCUCACUUUCAAGUCGCCGAGCGUGCGUUGUAUUUCUGGAAUAAUGAGUAUUUCUGCAAUCUGGUCAGCGACAACGUGGAGAUCAUCUUGCCCAUCAUGUUUGCGCCACUUUAUGAGAAUUCCAAAGGACACUGGAACCGCACCAUUCACGGCAUGGUUUACAACGCGAUGAAGCUGUUUAUGGAGAUCAACCCCCAAUUGUUUGACGACUGCUCUCACGAGUAUACCGAACAGCAAAAUAGCGCUGCGGCAAGAGAAGCCUUGCGCGAGAGAAAAUGGGCGUCGAUUACGGGCCAGGCCGAGCAAAGGCGGUCGGCGAACGGUGCCUCAAGCUCUGGUGGGCCACAUGCUGCGUCGCUGUCCCGCGUCGACGAAGUUGACGGCACCGAGGACAACCAAAAGCGGCUAGACUCUCUCAAACUGCAAGAUGGUGACCGCAGGGAUCGUCAACAUGAACGACAAGACUCGGGCUCGGAACAGAACGGCGAAGAGAAGACCGAAGCGGAUGAGGAGUCAUGACCACCAAAUACUGCUUGAAAGGUUCAAAGGAUUACUCAUGUCUGUGGAAGCCCAAGGGGCGAUUUGGAGGUUACCCAAGAAACAACAUUGGGCAGAGGAAAAGAGAGUUCCGUGCUCUAGGGAUGGGGCUUCGCCGCCCUCGGAACAUACUUAAUUUUCAUGAUGUCACUUCUUAGUCUCUCUUCUCACGUUUCGUUUUGUUUUGUUUUGCGAGGAUGCAGACUCGAGGGUGUCUAUUGCACAUUGACCCCGAGUCAUUGCUCGCCCGCCAUUCAUGGAGACAAACGGAUUUUUUUUACUGCGCUUUUGGGGAACAGAAAACGUCUCGUGCCGGAAAGUGGAAGGGAGAAGAGGGACGAGAAGAAGUCGGCGAGAAAAGAUAGGGAUGGCGUACAGAGGUGAAAUUUAGGAGACAGACUCCUUUUCCUUUUCCUGCGGCUUACUCUUCUGAAGCACGUGAGGAAUUGAGGGUUCCUCCUUGGUUUCUGCCUUGGACGAUGAACAAGUACGGACGUAAUACGUCACAAAUUAGACUUGGGUGAAAAAACAGCUUACCGAGACCAUGUGAGCGUCGCGGGAAUCUGUAACGAAAUGAUAUCGCGGCGUACUGUCAUGGGUAUUAAUAGUGACUGCUGUACUACAGGUCUGUCUACCACCCACCCCUGCCUCGAUCAUAACCUCCCCAUCCCCCGCGUCCCCGGUAUCCGCCACUGCCUCUUCCAAAUUGUUGAUAUUGAUGUUGUUGUUGCUGCUGCUGCUGUGGGGGCGGUGGUGGAGCAGCCCAUCCACCCAUGUGCGGUAGAGGUACGCCAGACACUGACGGAGGAGACCAGCUAGGCGGAGGUGCCGGGCCGCCUAUAUGAGGAGGAAGAGGCGGUGGCGGCGGUGGCCAUUGCCCCUGGUAGCCUUGAGGCGGCGGUGGUGGAAAGUGGGCGAAGCCGCCGGCCGCCUGGGGCGGUAAAGGGGGGUAGGGCGGGAAAGCUGACGUGGUGUGAUGAUAGCUGGGGGGAGGGGGCGGCGGCGGCGGCAGCGGUUGCUCCCGAUCACGAUACCCGGGUCCAAAGUUUGGAUCGUGUCGGUUGCGGUCCGUCGUUGGUGACUUGCUCACGCGGCUCAUGUCUCCUUUCGGGCCUUGAUCGUGGGACAGCGAUCUCGAUCUGUGACGUGGGCGAGAGCUUGACCUUGACCUGGAUGGACUGUAGCGAGAGCCGUACCGACCGCGUUGUGUACUGCGUUGCCGAGAACGGCCGGGGCUGGGGCUGCGACUGUGGCCUCGAGAAUCUGGCGAGAUCCUGCGCCGCUUGAAGGCCGGCGGGGUGCCACUUCUGCUUGACUGGCCAGGGGAGUAGCUGCGUGAGCGGCUCCGCGACUCGGACCGGCACCGUCCGCGGCCGUCACCCCCCGUCCGGGCCUUCUGCCUGCGCUGCUUCAUCUUCUCGCAGAACCUGCGCGACCAGCCGUAGUACGUCUCCCCGUCCACGAUCUCGUGCGUGAUCUCAUCGAGCACGACGCGCUCGCCCAUCUCGCUGAGAUCCGUGUGCUCUUGCGGGCUAGCAAUAUGUGGACGCGCGCUUCUGCUGUACAACCUCUCGACAUCGACGAGCAGGUCCUUGACGGCCUUUGCGAGGGCCUUGUCUGCAGGUCCCUGUGCGAGCUGCAGCGGUUUGACCAUGUCUGGGUUGAUGGGCUUCGUCGAGUUCGGCGUGAGGUGCGGCAACCAAUUGGCCGCGGGCAGAUCAAACCAGGGAGUGUUGGGAUCGCCAUGGUUAGAGGGAAUCAUGUACGGUGCAUCUUUGGGAAGCUUGGAGCCGAGAUUCGAGCCCGUCUGGUCCUGCACAGCAAUCUUUGGCAACUCCCCGCCACGGGGCGCUUCUUUGACGGUCCCACGAAGGUUAUCGAUGGUAGUCGCUGAAAAGUACGCGUGCUUCUCCCAGAGGGCCAGGAGGGCCUCCAACUUUUUUGUAUGCUUCGGGCAGUUUCGAAACCUUGCGGCGCCGUGGAGGAGGGGAGUCAGGCUGGCCUCCAGCUCGGCCGCGAAGCGCGCAUCUCGGUCGCGGACGACAACGUGGUAGAGAACGUCAUUGAGGAUGUAGAGGACGUGCAAGCGCCGCCGCCUAGUGGAUGGUUUCGUCCGGGUCUCGUCGGAAAAUGAGUUGGAAAGGGCGGCCAGGUAUUUACCGAGGGCGGCGACACGCGCCGCCGAUGGGACCGUGUUCUUAAGAAUCCAGCGCUUGCAUUUCUAGAUGUUGGCGGGCGAGCACUGGUGGAUCGCGUCGUGGAGGAGGGUGUGGAAGGCCUCGAUCUCGGGGCGGGUAAGCGAAACGGGUUCUUUACGAAAGAGGAGGGCACUGAAGGAGGCCUUGGCUAUUGCUAGCUCUGGGUUCGCCAUUAUGGUGAAAUUCGCAUGCCGUUCGCCGGAGGGCGCCAGACAAACAACGGAUGAGUGAGGAAGGUGAGGUUGGAUAUUGAGCUAGAGCUAUUAAGCUCCUUACGUCGUGCGACAGCUAGAGG